AUGGAUGGGAUCGGAUUUUUGGCGGUGAGAAAUCGCAUUACGGUUGCAUUGACCCGAGCACAACAUGGCAUGUAUGUAGUUGGGAACCUCGUUUACUUUGCGGAUUGCUCGUCAUUUUGGCGCCAGCUAGCUACCGACAUGUACGAUAAGGGAUUUGCAGACUCGUUGUUGCCGAUUCGCUGCCAGCGCCAUGGAAAUCUUCAGAAGAUUGAACAUCCAAGUGAGUUCGCUACAAAAUCACCGGAGGGUGGAUGUUUGGAAAUCUGCGAUGCCGAGCUUCCAUGUAGUCACAAAUGUCCAAGGAGGUGCCAUCCGAAUGAUGACCAUGAUAGCUGGAAAUGUACACAAGAGUGCCUCCGAACAUGCAAAGAUGAGCGCUACCGACAUCCAUGUCAGCGAAGAUGCUUUGAGCCAUGUGGUGACUGCGCUCACGUAGGUAAAAAUUCGUCUGAAGUGUGGGCAUUCUACAAAUGUGCUAUGCUACGCCUCGGACAAUGCCGUUUGUCAUGA